UACCGAAUAGUUAAAAAGGGUCCGCAUUGCAAUUGAAACCCUCUCACAACCGCAUCGCUUCUCCUGUCGUCUCUCUCGGCGAAACCCUCCGGUGACGCUCUCGGAAUCCGAACACAAGGCUUGUUUUUGCAUCUGCUAAUCUCAUAUUUUUUUCAGUUAUUAAUGAAGAUCACUAACUUUUUAGAAGGGGAUUCUGCUAUAUCUGUGAUGAAUAGAAAUUCCUCUGCUGCCUUCAGAACAAGUAACAGACAUUCCGCCAAAAAAGAUCGGUUGUGGCAUUUAACUGUAAGAAAACAACGGAAACGGCGUGUAGCUCUAAGAAAAGAACAGAGACAUUUCUCCAAAAAGGAUCUCUUGCGGCGUUUAGCUGUAGUAAAAGAACAGAGAUUGAAAGAUAGUCAUGUUGCCGUAAGAAAAGAACGUAAACGGAAAUAUAUUUUGGCAACAACCAAGGAAGAUCUGUUUGCAAAUCUGCCAGAAGAUAUCACAAAAGAUAUCUUGUGUAGACUCCCAAUUUCAAGCGUUAUGACUUGCAAGUGUGUUCUUAAAUCAUGGCGCCAUCUGAUUGAGGGGGAUGAGUUUGGGAUGUCGUAUACUCCAAAACCAGGCCUAACUUACGUUUAUCGAGACAUGGAAAUGUGGUACACUGUCUUCAAUGAGGUCUUUAAGCCACUUUUCCAGUUCAGUUUGCCUUCUCACAAUCAACUUUCUACUAUUGACCGUCGUGUUGUAAUUGCUUCAGCUAAUGGUUUGCUUUCAAUGUGGGAUCAGUAUGCUGACUAUCUAUUUAUAUGCAAUCCACUCACUCGUGAGUAUGCCGAGCUUCCUCGUCUUUCUACAGAUAGAGUUACUUCCUUUUAUGGAUUUGGAAUGAGCAAAAUAAGUGGACAAUAUAAGAUUUUAUAUGGUAAUGAAUAUAGUUGUCAUGUGUACACUAUAGGAAGAGGUGUGGGGUUGUGGAGAAGCAUUGCAGCACCACAACCAGGCAUCAAUACACUAUAUUAUGAUUAUGCUGCAUUUUUGAAUGGAAAUCUUCAUUGGUUGGCAUGUGAUUCGAAAGGGAAUUUCUUUGUUUGUUACUUUGAUUUUGACACCGAGCUCUUUUCCCGUUUUUCAAUUCCUUGUGAUUACGAUGGAAAUGGCUAUGGCAAUAAUCGGCUAUAUAUUUUGGAUGGUCGGCUAUAUUUAUGCAAUAUUAUAGAUUGGCAUCGUGUUAUUAUUUGGAAGAUGAACAACUACGGGGAUGAGAAUUCAUGGAUAAAGGAAUAUGACUUCAACUUGCCCAAAGAGAUUCCGCAUAUGUACUUGCUCAAAGUUUUGGCGAAUGGUGACUUGUUGUUUGCAAUAUCAGUUAUUGGUUAUGUGUAUCCAGAUCGUGAUGAACUUUAUAUCUACUCCAAGAACACCGGAGCACUUGGGAAAUAUGUGACAAAUUAUAAUUUUGAACAAUGGUCUUCUUCUAAUAUUGGUGUUUUUACCCCAAGCUUGAUUUCACUCAAAACCAUGGGGUUCCAUAAUGUUCAGUCGGUAAGUUUUAAUUAGUCAAACAUAAGAAUUGGUUUUAGUACUUUUAUUGAUGUGUGCUGUAACAGGUUCUUAUGUAUUUUGUUUAUUUAUAUGAUUCUUAUUUACAAAAUAUCUAUCUAAUUUGUCAUCA